AGUCCAUCGUGGCUUAAAAAAGGCUGGGCGAAGGGUGGGCGCCUGGGGUAGGCUCCAUCUCUGGGCCCCCACCGCCGCCGCUGCCUCUCCUGCGAUGCUGAUGCCUGCCUGCCGCUGUGUCGCCUUGGUUCUCCAGCGUGCGGCGCUGUGCCCGCUUUUAUCCCGAGAGGAGAAGCGUCGCUUAGUGCGCUGACAGCGCGCUUCAGUCUGUGGGGCUGAAGCCCAGUAGCAUUCAUUCAGUCUGCGGCUUUCAUGAAGUCUCCCUGCGAGGUCCUUCACUUUGCUCCUAAACGUGGAUUUUUUUCCCCCUACCAUUCUCGGCUCGCUCCCCCUCCUUGCCGCCGGACUCCCUCCUCCGUCCCUGCCCACACGCACACUCCUCUGCCCCGCGGUGGCCCCAGCGCCCAGCCCUCCAGCCAGAGGGAGCCAGUCACCAGACGGCAGCACCUGGCUGGAGAGGUUGGGCGGGCCGAGGGUGGGGAUCCGCGGGAACCGGCGAGCCUGGAGCUGGAGCAGAAGCUGGACCGACCGCGAUCAGAAGAAUGGAGUCUCCCGACAGCCUGCCGAGGCUGAUGUGAAAUAGGACCAUCUGCUUCCAGUUGGUCUGUUUCCUCUUCUUUUUGUAUUUUCUUCCCUCGCCAUUCUCAGUGGAGUGAAUUAUUAAAUCUUGCUCCGUUCCAAGAGAGGCAGGCGAUCACGAUGGAGUGAACCCACCCAGUCCGCCACAAGGAAACGCCCAGAGAAGAAAUGACCAUGGCCAAGUUAACCGAAUCCAUGACAAAUGUCCUGGAAGGCGAUUCCAUGGACCAGGACGUGGAAAGUCCAGUGGCCAUUCACCAGCCAAAGUUGCCUAAGCAAGCCAGGGACGACCUGCCAAGGCAUAUCAGCCGAGACAGGACCAAAAGGAAAAUCCAGAGGUACGUGAGGAAGGAUGGGAAAUGCAACGUCCACCACGGCAACGUGAGGGAGACCUACCGAUACCUGACGGAUAUCUUCACCACCCUCGUGGACCUAAAGUGGAGAUUCAACCUGUUAAUCUUUGUCAUGGUCUACACAGUGACGUGGCUCUUCUUUGGGAUGAUCUGGUGGCUAAUUGCAUACAUCCGGGGAGAUAUGGACCACAUGGAGGACCCCUCCUGGACUCCCUGUGUUACCAAUCUCAAUGGGUUUGUCUCUGCUUUUUUAUUCUCAAUAGAGACAGAAACCACCAUUGGUUAUGGCUACCGGGUCAUCACGGACAAGUGCCCCGAGGGAAUUAUUCUCCUCUUAAUCCAGUCUGUGUUGGGGUCCAUUGUCAACGCAUUCAUGGUAGGAUGUAUGUUUGUGAAAAUAUCCCAACCCAAGAAGAGGGCAGAGACCCUGGUCUUCUCCACCCACGCGGUGAUCUCCAUGCGGGAUGGGAAACUCUGCCUGAUGUUCCGGGUAGGUGACCUGAGGAAUUCCCACAUCGUGGAGGCUUCCAUCCGAGCCAAGUUGAUCAAGUCCAAACAGACUUCAGAGGGGGAGUUCAUCCCCCUCAACCAGACGGACAUCAACGUAGGGUACUACACUGGGGACGACCGGCUCUUUCUAGUGUCACCACUGAUCAUUAGCCAUGAAAUUAACCAACAGAGCCCCUUCUGGGAGAUCUCCAAAGCCCAGCUACCUAAAGAGGAACUGGAGAUUGUGGUCAUCCUGGAGGGAAUGGUGGAAGCCACAGGAAUGACGUGCCAAGCUCGAAGCUCCUACAUCACCAGUGAGAUCUUGUGGGGUUACCGGUUCACUCCCGUCCUAACGCUGGAAGAUGGGUUCUAUGAAGUCGACUACAACAGCUUCCAUGAGACCUAUGAGACCAGCACCCCAUCCCUUAGUGCCAAAGAGCUAGCCGAGCUGGCGAACAGGGCAGAGCUGCCCCUGAGUUGGUCUGUGUCCAGCAAACUGAACCAACAUGCAGAACUGGAGACAGAGGAGGAAGAGAAGAACCCAGAAGAACAAACGGAGAGGAAUGACCCUCUUCCCCCAGACUUGGAUCCAGGUGUGUGUGUGGUUGGCAGAUAACAAUGGCCACAGAGUCAACAGGUAUCAGCUUCAGAGGUAGACAGGUCCCCUCCUAUUCACGUGUAAUUGACCACCUCAAGAUCAAGGCUCAGCACCCAUCAUGAAAACUGUGAUAUCAAUGUAGCCAAUCUUUAUAAGAAUAUGAAGGGCUGUUUUUCUCAGGCAAUGUAAAUAUCUGCUACCAAGAAGCACUAGUGAAAUGAACAUGCCAACCAUCAGAGCUUCUGAAAUUUAAACAGCACUCAUAGUACGUUCACCCAAAGGAAUGAGAGGCUCCUAAGACAUUCCAGGAGUCUAAGAGCAGACCCAAGUUGAGGCUGAAAGCCCUUCAGAGCCAGCCAGUGCUAGAUUUAUGGUCAUGAAAUACAAAUAGCAUAUUGACUGGAGCUAGGGCCUCAGAUCCCAGUCAGUAUACACCAUCUAAACCUCUGGGUCUUCAAUCAGAGUUUUCAGAGAAGGAAGGACACUGUCUUCAGCUCCACCCUCUCUUAGUACCUCUGCCUGUGAGAGUGACAAUGAACACCCUCCCCUGCUCAACUUGGACAGGCCACGAGACUCACCGUGCCCACCUGCUGAGGCCCCUCAGAAUGAGUAUCUGCACAAAGGAGUUGCUUCUUGCACAUCUAGACAAUGACCCCAUAGAAGUGUCUUCUGAGGACACUUGGAGAUUUUAAGGAUACCUGGGAGGCAUCCUUGACUCCAUAGAGCACCUCCUGAGUCAGGAAUGAACUUAGACCUUUGGAAUCUGCCAGGUGCCAGGGAACCCUGCCCAUAUGUAAAUCCAGUAAAGCAAAAAUGAAGUAAGCAAGCAGAAGGAAAUCCCCAGAAGUUCUGAUUUCACCAUAAUGAUUAUCUCCAUGAUAUUUUGACUUUCUUUUUUCAUUAGGUAUCCAAUUCUUCAUACUUGAGAAAAUCUCACAUUGGGGCCUCACGAUGCAGGGAGGACAGGAAAUCAGUCACUUAGGACAUUACAGUUAACUUUCUGAGUAGUGGAACCUGUCCCGUCUUUCUAAGCAAGUCUCAGAGAAGUCCCACUAGAACCCGCCUUACAACCAAUACGAAUCCCAUUCAUGUCAAAGAAUCCACAAACCUUUCUCUAACAGCUGCCACAGGAGGAUAGCUGUUUAAUUUAAUGCUUGAGCAGCCACCACGUAUAGCUUGUUAUCUGGCCGUCCUACCUCUUACCACUAACUCUCCACUGCCGACUGUAUUGGAGUCUGACCUCCAAGAUAAAGUAUUUAGAAUAGUUUGCUUCUACCAUUAGAUACCCUGAGCUUACUACUGGUGUCUGCACAUCUUUGAUCCCAGCCCAACAAAUGACCAGAGUGGGGUCAAGUGAGGUCUCGUGCUGAAGGGACAGAUGUGCUCGCCUGGUUGGGUCUUUCGGUCUUUCCAUCAUUUGCAGCAUAUGAUUAUCUAGACAGCUUUCCCAAGAAAGUCCUGGGUAUCUUUAUUCAGCCCAGCAUGCCUCCUCUAAAAUCAGAGGCAUGCCAUGACAACAGAAUUCAUAGGCACAAGUUCUGAAGUGACCCAAAAAUGUGCCUGGAUUGGCAAAGUGGUCUUUUCUCUGCCCACAGUCUGUACAAACUGUGCUCUAGGGGAAACACCCAGCACUCUGGGAUGACUGCUGCUCAGGAGGUGUUGUUCAGCCGCUGCCAUGGCAACCCUCCAUCUGUGAGCAUGGACCACUCUUGUGCAGGCUGGAGGAGGUUUGGAGGAGGUCCCAGGGGCUGAAACUCUGAGGGCUGAUCCACCUGCAGACAGCCUUGGGGGAGCCCAGAGAAAUGAGAGUCGGGCCCGAUAAAUGUGUACUCACUUAGCACACAAGUGUGGGGUGGUCUUGUUGCAUCUUACCACAGUGUGCACAUAGUGGCUGUGUGUGUGUGUGUGUGUGUGUAUACUGUAGGAAGGAAUGCACACACACACACACACACACACACACACACACACACACACACACACCACUUACCUUUUUAAAAUUCCAGAAACUACAUUCACAGUAUCCAAUGUAACAGAUGUCCAAAGAAUUGUCAUUCUCUUAAUCAAUAGUUAAACACUGUCUGCCAAAUUAAUACUGGCCCAAAACAAAUAAUGUUUCAAUAGUAAGCCCAAAUACAAGCAAAAGCAAUAGAAAACCUUAUUCAGAUUUGCUGGGUAUAGUGGGGUACGUUUGUCGUCUCAGCACUUAGGAGACAGGGGGAGGAAGAGCAGGAGUGGAAGGUCAUCUGUAACUACAUAGGGAGUUCAAGGCCAGCCUGAGCUACGUGAGAUCUAACCUCAAUAAAUACAUAGACAUAGUUUGUUGUUGAAAAUCUUAUUUCAAGUUAAAGAUACUCAUUUUUAUCCAGAAUUCCGAGCUCUUAGAAUACUAUUUCUUCUUGCGCUUACCGUUUCCAUCCGGCUUUGAACCCGGCUCCUGCAUAUUGACACGCAAAAGUAGACCUGAGCGCCGAAGCGUUCAGCACGCGAGUCAGUCUGGCCCCUAGAGCAGGCUGAAAGAAAGUCAGCAGGGUGAGGACGAUUCCACAGCAAUCUCAGAGGGCAAGGAAAGGAGACUGGAAUGUGGCAGUGCUUAAGAUGAGGGAGGUGUGGAGUGACAUUUGUAUUCAGAUCUCUGAUGCAUGCCCAUGCAGCUGACUUCAGCACCCAGGGCUCUCCUAGUGAGCUGCUAUAUCCUCAGAGACAGUAGAGGAUAAAUGAGAAUCUCCACAACCCAGACCAUCACCCAUAGGACUUGCUCCCAUCUGGUUUUCUAGCUCUGUUAAAAUAGGCAUCAAGGCUCGUUAACACACGAUCCCUCCUAUUUACAACUCUCCCUGUGUCUGCCCCUGUUCUAAAGGAAUGAAGAACCCUCUGGAUGCUACACAGUGUGGUGAGACCUUCAUAACUAACACUCAAACUGGAAAAUAUAUAACAGCCACUCCUAAACACAUGUGCAGAAAUGCAUGCACACACAUAGACCAUAGUCUUAUACCUCCCAAUCAGCUAUGACCAAGUCCACCUAAGUUUCCAGAAGAUGGGGCUGAAGAUACAGCUCAUCAGCUAAGAGUACUUACUGCUCUUGUGGAGGAGGCCAAGUUUGGUCCAGGACCACAUCAGGCACCUCACAACUACCUGUAACUCCAGCUUCAGGAGAAUGUAACACUUCUGACCUCUGCAGGCAACUGUACCCAUGUUCUCAAACACACACACACACACACACACACACACACACACACACACACACACACACACACACUUUAAAAUAAUAAAAGUAAAAUCUAAAAGAAAAGGUUUCUGGAAGUCGAAACAUGAAUGAGGACCACCCUCUCAAGUCAUCACAGUGGCGUUAGCUUUUAAAUGAUCUUACACAUCGCUGACCCACACAUAGGCAAUGGGCCAUAAGAACCCAUCAUCAGUGUUCUGUUGGAGAUUGGGAGCCUGGUCCUGGGUCUGCCCCCACCCCCGCUCCCUGUCAUGAACUAUGUGGUCUUAGAUAAAUCCCUGAACCGCUCCCAAUGUUUUUUAAGCGAUAAGUUAUAACUUUUAAGGACAUUUUAAGUUCACAGAAAAAUUAAGCAGAAAGCACAAAGCCCCCAUAUGUCCCAUGCCCUCCUAUCCUCCUUCAUUACUGACAGACAUACCACUGUGUAUUUGUCACUGUUUGUGAAUUUACCCCGAUGCACCCUUAUCACCUACAUUUGGAGGUGAAGUUAGGGCUCACUCUUGUCCAUGAACAUGGAAUGUGUGAUCAACUGUGUAAGGGCAGGCUCCCACCGUUGUGGUACCAUACAGAGCAGGUUGGCCACCCCACAAUUCUCUGUAGCCCUCACCCCUUCCUAAUGCCUUUGGCUCCUUCUCAGUCCGGGCAGCUCGGCCCCUUCCGUAGACUGUGGCUGUGGUCGCCCAGUGGAAAGCCUACCGAGGCUGUAUUCUUUCACUUGGUAGUACACUCUUAAAGUUCCCCCCGUGGCCCCUCAUGGCUUCAUAGCUCUUCAUUCUUCAGCACUGAGCAAUAUUCCAUUUUCUGGACACAACAGAAUUCAUUUGACCAUUUGCCUUUUUAGAGAUAAAACUUCUAAAAGCAUCUGUGUGUAGUUUUUACAUGGAAAUAAGCUUUCAGGUCAUUUGUGCAAACAUCAGGAAUUAUGAUUGCUGUGUUACAUGGUGAGACAUUUCCCUUGUAAGCUGGUAUGCUGUCUUCCCUGGUGGCUGUACUAUUUUUUUUUCAUUCUUCUAGGAAUGAGUGAGCACUCUGAUUGCUCCUGCUGGUGUUUGAUGGUGUCAGUGAUUUGGAUUUGUGCCCUUGUUACAGGUGUGUCAUGGUAUCUUAUGGCUGUGUACCAUGCCAGUCACGAUGGCAUCAAACACCUUCUCAGAUACUUCUGUCUGUAGAUUGUCACAUUGGAGCAUCUCUGCUCAGGUCUUUUGUCCACUCUGUAGGUGGGCGUUCAUUUCCCUAUUCUUGAACUGCAAAGUCUCUUUGUAUAUUUUGGAUCCUUGUUCUUCGUUCGCUGGGACUUUUGCAAAUACUUCCUCCCUGCUGGCCAUUCUCUGAGAGUGUCUUUUGCCCUGCAGAAGGUUCUUAUUUCAGUGAAGUCCAGCCUGGCAAUCAUCUCUCAUGGAUGUACCUUUGGAGCUGUAUCUAGGAAGCUGUCAUCAUCCCCAAAUCCAGACUAUCUCUCCUAUCUCCUGGGAGCUUUGUUAUUUUAUCUUUUCCCCAGAUCUAUGAUGGCUGUGAAGUGAUGUUUUGUGACUGAUGUGAAGUUUGUGUUCAGGUUCUUUUUUAUCUUGUUUUUAGUGUGUCUAAUACCUCUAGUAUCAUUUGCUGAAACAGCACCCUUUGCUCCUUUGUCAAAAAGCAACCUGUGUCCUGCACAGGCCGAUCACUGUGAUUUAUGUGGACUGCUUCUGGGCUCUCUAAUCAGGUCCUUCAUCUGCCCACCAACUCUUUGACCAAUAGCACACCGUCUCUAGUGAUGGGACUGGUUGACUACUGUCUUAGCAUUUGGUAGCAUCAGUCCUCUGUCUUUGCAUUGUUUCUUCGGUAUCAAAUGAUCCAUUUGUCUAUUCUGGGUCUUUUGUUUCUCAUAUAAACUUUAGAGCACUGAUCCACAGAGUAAUCUGCUUGACUUUGGAUUGGUAUCGUAUUGACUCUAAAGAUGAAGAUAGAGAGAAAACACCUUGACAGUGCUGGUUUUGUUCACUUACCUAUGUCUUCAGUAUCUUCACCCCUUAUAUCUUCCUCACACAUAUCUUAUACAUAGCCUAUGAGGCAUAUACCCAAGUAUUUCAUUUCAAGGGUGCUAAUUUAGAUGCUCAUAUUUUUUUAUUCCAGAUUCUAAUUGCUCAUUGCUGGUAUAUAAGAAAGCAGUUGGCUUUUGUAUACUAAUUUGUGUCCAAAAUCUUUAUGUAAUUAAUUUUUUAAAUCUUGGUUUUGCUGGGGGAGGGAUGCAUGCCUUUAAUCCCAGCACUUGGGAGGCAGAGGCAGGUGGAUCUCUGUGAGUUCGAGGACAGCCUGGUUUACAAGGCAGUUCCAGGACAGCCAGGGCUACACAGAGAAACCCUGUCUUGAAAAGAACAGAAAAAACAAUCUUGGUUUUGCUGUCAGUUAUAGAUUUUCUAGAGGUGAGCUAUCAUCUAUAAAUGACAACUACUUCUUCCCUUCCGACCUGAUAUCUUUUAUUAACUUUUCUUGUCUUAUUGCACCAUCUGACAUCUAGAAUCAUGUUAAAAAGCAGUGGUGCCUGUUCUGGGUCUGAACAGAAAACAAGUUUCUGUCAGUUAAGUGAAAUGAACCAAAGGGAAGUUUUAAAUACUGCUCCUCUAGUUCAAGAAAUGUCAAAAAUAAACAAAUAGUUAAAAAUAAAAAAUAAAUGUCCCUCUAGCCAUACUUUACAGAGAACCUUUUGUUAUUUACAACAGUUUUAUUAAUAACUGCAAAGGGCUUAGAGGCCAAGAUGUACUCUUGGGAUAAGCGAAUAAACAAGCAUCUAUCUAAACAAUGAAUCAUUCCAUAAUUGAAAAAACAAUCCACAAAAUCACGGAACAACAUAGAAUAGCUUAAGUGCAAAUUAUUAAGUUAAAACAAUCUAAAAAGACCACGAUACUGUGUGAUUUCAGAUAUCUGAUACUUACUAAGGAAUUUCAUAGUGGAUCACAGUUUGGGUUUGAUCAAAUUCUCCCUCUGCGUCUACCAAUAGUAGCAUAAAUAAUUUGUAUUACUCUGCCCACUAAUGUGGAUUACAGGCGUUUAUUUUUGAAUGUUGAACUACUUUUCUUAUCUGGCAUAAAUCCCACUUGGUCAUAGUACAUAAUUCUUUUUAUGCAUUGUUUGAUUCAAUUUGUGCGUGGUUUGUGGUUGAGGCUAUUUGGAUCUGUGUUCAUAGGAGCUAUUGAUCUGUAGUUUUCAUUUACUGAAGUAUCUUUUCCUCAUUUGUUCUUAGGGUGACGCUGGACUCCUAGUGUGGAUUGAGAAGUAUUUCUUCUAAUUACAUCCUCUGAAAGAGAUUACAGAGAAUUGAUAUAUUUUCCUCCUUAACCACUUGGAAGAAUCCACCCAGAAUGAGCCCAUCUGGACCUAGUGCUUUCUGGUUGGAAAGGUCAUGAAUAAUUUACUUAAAGUCGGGGCUGGAGAGAUGACUCAGCGGUUAAGAUUGCUUGUUGUUCUUGCGAGGGCCUGGGUUCAGUUCCCAGUGCCCACACGGUGGCUCACAAGCACCUAUAACUCCAGUUCCAAGGGACCUGGCACCUUCUUCUGGCUUCCACGGGCUGCUGCAUGUGUGUGGUGCACAUAAACUCAUGCAGGCAUUCAUGCUCAUCCACAUAAAUAAAAAUAAACAAAACUUUAAGUCUCUAAUGUACAGACCUUUGGGGUUAUCUAUUUCUCUAAUGUGAGUUUUGCCAGACUGUAUGUUUCCUGUAAUGAGUCUCCUUCACACCAACAGCGAAGUGUGGAUGCAUCCUCUGGUGUCCUUCCAUGUCCGUAGGGUCUGUAGUUAUACUGCUCCCUUCCAUCCCUUUCCGCAGUGGUUUCUAGUUCUCUCUCUCUCUCUCUCUCUCUCUCUCUCUCUCUCUCUCUCUCUCUCUCUCUCUCCCUGCUCAGACAGAAAUUUAAUAAUUUUGUUUUAUCUCAAAGAACUAGUCCUUGGUUCCGUUGAUUCUCCGUUGACUUCCUGUUUUCAGUUUCGUCAGUGUGUACCCUCUUAUUUCCUCGCUGGCUUUGGACUGAAUCACUCCCGUGACGUAGAGGACUGGUUUCAGGUUUCUGCUCUGCUUGAUGCACUGGAUGUAUAAAGCUUUGCUCAGGCUCUAUUUUCACUUCAUGUCUAAAAUCGUCAUUUCAUCUUCACUGGGUUCAAGGUAUUUUUUUUUUUUAAUUUCUCUCGAGGUUUUUUUCUGCACCCCAUGUUACUGAGAAUUGUGCUGUUUAAUCGUAAAGUGUUUAAAGAUUUCCCAGGUCUCUUUCUAUUAUUGAUUUCCAGCUUAACUCUACUGUGUUCUGAAAGGAACACUAUAGAAUUUUUAUGGUUUUAACGUGUUAAGGUGUUCUAACGGCCCAGGGUGAAGUGUCCCGAUGAAUGUUCUCUGUGGCCUUGAGAAGAGUCUGUCACCUGAUGUUCAACUCCUCAUUUUUCCAGCAUGUGUUUGACUCUACAGUCUCUGUCUCUACGAUUCUGACAUGAGUUCCUAGUUACACCCUGUCCGUCUAAGUCAACAUCACUCUUAAACUCCUGGUCCCUGAGUCAGCUUUUAACUUUGUAAGUUCUUCCUACUUCUGUCCCCAGCACUCCUUCACCAGCCACAUCCCUCUCGCAUCUCCACACUAACCCGGGGAGCAGACAGGUAAUUAUGAGGUAGGCACUUUGUAGGGCACUGUGGCCUCCACCAAAGAAGAGAAAUACUUCAAGGAAGGUUAGCAUCAUCAACGUAGAAUAAACACACAGCUGCAUAUUAAAUGAGAAAGUCACCCAGGGGAUGGAAGAGGCAGCUCAGCUUUUAAGGACAUUUGCUGCUCUCGCAGAGGACCAGAGCUUGGGUCCAGGCACCUGUGUCAGGAGGCCCACACCCACCUGGAACUCCACCUUUUGGGUACCUGAUGCUCCUGAACACACAUGUACAUUCUAACACAAACAGAUUCCCAUAAAUAAAGAUAAUUUUUAAGUAACUCAAUACCAGCAUGUAAUGACUGAUUUCAACACAACUCCAGCUCUGCACCGCUGGAAACAUGCAUGUGGGGACUUCACCAGAAUUGUGUUGAUACUAAACCACACACAAAACACAGGAGAAGCCAAGGCAACAUGUUCGAGAGCUCCGCUCUAUUUCAGCUGUAACUCUCGUUGACAGCACUGCUUUUUCCCACCACGUUUUUUUGCCCAAAGCAGAAAGAAGAAAUCCUUUUCAUUAUUGGUUAGAAAAUAAUGACUUGUAUCUCUUUCCCAGAUGCUUGCCUGCCUGAGUAAAAUAAGAGGUUUCUCUGUGAGCUAGGAUAGGAAAGUUAUUCUGGAAAGUCCACUAGUUCAGAAGUCCAUUAUCAGUGCCAAAUCCUUUUCUCACAGUUCAAUGAAACUGAGGACAAGACUGAGUCUCUGGUCUAGAGGUAUUGCACUUCCAUGAACCAUAAACCUCUCACCAAACGCUCACACAGACUUAUCAAGACAAAGUCAAGGAGCCCUGGAACUGGGCCUUGAAGCUGAGGUGUCCUGAGGUCCUCACUGGAAUCCAUUUCCAAGGAACACAAAGUGCUGGAGCUGUGACUCAGCAGUUGAGAAUGCACUUCCAGAGGAUUCAAGGUUGCUGCCCAGCAUCCAGGCAGGGCAGCUCACAACUACCUUCAGCUCCAGAGGAUUAGAACCCUCUUCUGACAUUUUCAGGCACCCACACGAGUGGUAUUAAACUCACACAGACAUGCACACAUAUACAUAAAUUUAAAUUAAAUUUUAAAAUGUUUUAAACAAACAUAACCUCCCCCAGAAAAACUAGAAACACAAACAGACUUAGUUUUCACCUCUGUCUCCAGAAACUUUCCUAAGAACUUGAGUUUUUACUAACAUGCUUAUGUCCUACAGACAAAGGUUUUCAUUUUCAGGUGUGUGGCAGUCUUCAAGGCUGAGAGCAUGCCAAAACUUAUUUUUGUUCUAAAAGAUUCAGCAGCUAAUUCAUGCUAGACAAGGGCAAGGCUCUAUGAAGGCAUUCUGGUCAUGGACACAUAGUGAGUGCUUACUGUCCAGUGAGCAAUGUCUUAAGCAAGGUACCCUGGGGGAUACUAAUAAAUAGUAACACCUUCCAUUGUCCCCAACAAGCUACUACCCCAUGGCCACAACCUCUUACUGUGUGGCAACACAAACCCCUGUGAGCAAAUACUGAUCCCCAUAUUACACAUGAAGAAAGUGAGUCUAGUUUUAGGAAUAAAAAUAUUUAAUCCAGAGGGGCAGCUAGACCACAUUGACUGGAAUUUGAAGACAAGCCAGCCUCUCUAUGGGCAGUAAGCAACAGUAUCGUGUGGCAGGAAGGGAUGCAUCUUGAUAUUCCUUGCGCCUUGGUGGGCUUUGGAAGUGAGAGAUCCAGGGGAAAGAUGUGUCAUGAGGGGCCAGAUUGAGACAUACAGACAUGCUGCAGGAGCCAGGGGACAGUACCUAGGCUGGCCGACACAGAGUAGACGACUUCCCAGGGGAUUUGAUAAAAAUACAUUGUGAAAACUGGUGCUAAAUCGUAGACCACUCUGAACUGGAGGUGGAGGGCCACAGGUGGGCUUCUUAAUAAAGCCAUCACAGCGUCAAAAUAGCUCCUGACGCUUUACGGUUGAACAAAAGGACAGUUUGCACUGAACUGAAGCAGGAUGCCCUUGACACAAUCGUCAAGCACUCCCAAAUAAUUCAGUGAAUCUGUGGGUGGAAAAAAUAGGAAAAAGUGGCAUUUCUGUGGCAUGUCAUAGUAAAUUGUAAGCCCAGCAAAAUCAUAUGCAGAGAAUACUGGAACACCCCUGUAGCUUUCCUUAAGCAAAAGCCAAUGAUCUUUUAGAGACGCACAGAAAAACACAGGGAGAAAAAUCUUCCCAAAAAAACUCCCGUGAAGGCUUCAACUUUUCUUCGCAGUAAAGUAGCUGAUAUCUGCUUCUGAGGUCAUUGUUGCCAACCUCCCGCCAGGCUUUUGAAAAGUGAGCCGGGCAGACCUCAGGCCCCGGUUUGGCUCCUGACCCACUUCCAUCCUUCAGUAACUCCUGUCACUCAACUCCAAGUACGUCUGCGCACGGACAACGAGGCGAAAGCAUGUCAACUGCGAAAGCACAAAUUAUGUAUUGAGAAAUCUCUACAAUGCCAAAUUUUUUUAGAAUAAAUGAAUAUAUAUAUUUAAGAACUCGCUGUGUUAGGGAAACUGUUUACAUACUGAGGCGUUCCUCUUUUUUUGACUGGAACAAUAAAAGAAUAAUUUGA